AAUCAUUUCUGAUUCGUUGCGACAAUCUCAUCGUCUUUACGCUCUCGCCAUUGUUGUUGUAGAUCGCUUUCUUCCUAACCCUAAAAUACGUAAGAGAGAGAGAGAGAGAGAGAUCUCAGGUGCCUGAACAAAAACAAACGAGUCAACCAUGGAGUACGCUGCUCGGAGAAAUCAGAAAGGCGCUUUCGAAAGCUUCUACAAGCUUAUCAUGCGCCGUAACUCCGUCUACGUCACUUUCAUCAUCGCCGGCGCAUUUUUCGGUGAACGGGCUGUGGAUUACGGUGUUCACAAGCUGUGGGAACGCAACAACGUUGGGAAACGGUACGAAGACAUCUCUGUGUUGGGUCAAAGGCCAGUAGAAGAAUGAGAUUUACUCCUUUUUGAAUCUCUCAGACCAAAAGCAAGAAAUGGAAUUUCCAUGUUGUUUUGCAUUUUAAUUCUCUCUUUUCUUUGUUGAAUAAAUAUAAAAAAUCGUUGGGAUGAUUCAUACUUCAACCUAAAGCUAUUUGGUUCUGAUUAAAUUGAAUUUUUUUGCAUUGUGGAUGGAAUAUGAUAAACAUUAUCAUGA